UGUUUUUCCAACAUCCCUACUUCAAAAGCGAAGUAGAGCAAAAAACGGAAAUGUCAUUUUGUGAAAAUUCAAUAAGCUUUAUAAAAACGGAGAAGGACUCUUCAUAAUCGAAGGAACUAUAGGCGUCUUUAAUAUAGACUGUGAGCGGUAAGCAUUUAUGUGUCUAUAAUUAGCAAUGUCGAAGGAAAAAGAAGAAAAUCAAGAAAACAAGCAUGUCGAAAAAAGCGCAGGUAGCAGCAGUAGUGAAAAAAAUGGAUUGAGUCCCAACAACGAUGGUAAGACAAAUAUGGCCAAUAACUGUGUUGAUCGAGGAGGGGGAUCAAAUAAAUUCCAAAACUGCGCAGUUAAUGAAUCUCCCCCCUUAUCUUCACCCGCGCUUUCGCUCACACCGACGCCCACAUCGUCCCCCAUUGCUGACAAUUGGCGUGAGAACGAAAAGUAUCCGCUACAUAAAACUGUUUUUCAAGGUGAUUUCAAAAGAUUGGCACGACUUCUUCAACGACCUCCAGCCGGUUGGCAGCCUCAAGAGGAAAUCAGCUGCAAGGAUAAACACGGUAACACACCCUUGCAUCUGGCUGUAAUGCUCGGAAGAAAGGAGUGCAUUCAUUUACUGCUGGCUCACGGCGCGCCUGUUAAAGUAAAAAACAAUGAUGGUUGGUCUCCAUUAGCAGAAGCGAUCAGCUAUGGCGACCGGCAGACCAUUUCGGCGGUUUUGCGCAAGCUUAAGCAGCAAUCUCGUCAGCAUAUGGAGGCUCGGCGCGCUAAACUAGUUCGUGCUCUUCAGCAAAUGAAAGAUUUUUACAUGGAAUUGAAAUGGGAUUUUGCUUCGUGGGUGCCACUAGUAUCCCGAAUGUUGCCGUCCGAUAUCUGCCGUAUUCACAAAUCGGGGGCGUUAUUACGCCUUGAUACUACAUUAGUGGACUUCAAUGAUAUGCGCUGGGAAAGGGGCGAUAUUUCUUUCAUAUUUCGAGGCGACCGCGCACCGCAUGAAUCAUUAACGGUAUUAGACAAUGAAUAUGAAUGUUAUCAGCACGUUCGAUAUGAAGAUGCAGAUAUUGAAGACGAGGUAGACGUACUAAUGUCUACAGAUAUUUUAGCAGCCCAAAUGUCCACAAAAAGUAUACAAUUUGCUCGCGCCCAAAGUGGUUGGAUUUUCCGCGAAGACCGAAAAGAAUUGGUUAGUGGGCAAUAUCAAUGUGAUCUAUAUUCAAUACAAGGUCUUGUCCUCAAGCAACGAAAGAGGCGUGAGCAUCUUUCACACGAGGACCUUCAAAAGAAUAGAGCCAUUGUAGAAUCUAUAACGCGUGGUGGUCGUCGAGCUAGCGUAACCAGCGCAAAUGGGGGAGGUUCCAGUGGCGAUUCAGCGAAUGGAUCCGCCACAGAAAUGCCACGUAGAAGCUCUUUGCAACCACCGCCACCACCCACAGCGUCAUGGGAGGAGUAUAUUAAUGCACCAGCCGGUAAAUGCCCACAGUUAGGACGUCUGCCAGUACACAAACAAUCAAACAAGACCAUCCGUGCCACGGUAGCUAUGAGUACAGAUUUCCCGCUGAGCGUCGAAAUGCUGCUAAACGUGUUGGAAGUAAUAGCACCCUUCAAGCACAUCAAUAAAUUGCGUGAGUUUGUUACAUUAAAACUCCCCAGUGGGUUUCCCGUUAAAGUAGAAAUACCGGUACUGCAUACAGUGACGGCAAAAAUAACUUUUCAAAAGUUUGAAUUUCGUGACAACAUACCCGAAACCCUUUUCGUUGUACCAUCCCAUUACGUUGAAGACGCACGUCGAUUUCCAGACUUAUGACCUGCUCCGCCCCAACAACAACAUCCUACAGACAACGUCGAUAUGAACCGCAAUGCUACUAGCGAUAGCUCAACGGCUGCUCCCACGAGCACCAAGCCGAAGUUGCAUACCAGUUUCGACGAUAUAGACUAGUGUAUGCAUGCGACCAAUGUUUGUCACAAUGGACGUGUUUUUGUUUAUUAUCACAAAUGUACGUAUGUGUUUUGAUGUAAUUUGCUGAUGCUUUCCUAUUUAUGAAGCAACUGUAACGUAAUCCCAAAAAUAAUGAUCUGUGUGAGUGGCAUGUCAAUUACUUAUUAAAACUUUUUUAUUUAUUUAUUUGUUUUGUACAUAAAUAGGUGCAAAUACUACCCAAUUAUUGGCAUCGUUAGGUAAAGUAAAAUGUUUCUAAUAAAUGAAAAGAUUUGUCGGCUGUGGCUCAAUAUACAUAUUCAAUUUGUUAGUAA